UAAUCAUAGUAGUUACAUUUUUUGAUAAGUGAAUAUAUAUUUUUAGUUGUGCAUAAAUCUGUGAAAAUUUUCAGAGAGAUUUUCGUUAAGCACCAUGAGCCUUUUAUCUGAUAAACUCUCGCCCGAAGAGUUGGAGAUGGCCAUGGCAAUACCCAGAUAUCCUCAGCUGCCAUUGCCUUUGAUCAAAUAUGAAAUGGUUCACAAGUUAAAAUGUACACGCAACGAGCAGGUUAGUUGGCCCUUGGUAAAGCCUAAGCCAAAAGGCGUGGACUUGGCAAAAGUUGCGAAAUCAACUAAAUCUGCAGCUAAUAUUGGAGAUGUUGGCGACGAAGAGGACAUUAUAUAUUUAUGGAACUCACCAAGAUUGAUGAUUCUUUUUGAUGGCGGCGAUAUCAAUUGUGCCCUUCACUAUAUAGUCGAAUCUUUGCAUGAUCCAUUUGCUGAGAAUGCAGUGGCCACUCUCCUCAUACAGGAAUGCUUGCUGAAGGAGUUUAGAGAUCGUUUGCUCGAUCGCUUUCAGGAGAUGCCAGCUCCAAUUGCCAAUCAUCCCAUCCUUUUGCGUAGUAUGGAAAAACUAAAAGCAUUAAAGGCCACAACAAUUGUGGGCAAUGCGAUGAAACACACACCCAACUUGGGGACUCCCAUUUUGGUUUGUGACUUUACUCAUAACUAUUUGGGUGCAGGACCCACUGGUGUCAUAACCCUACACACCUUUCGCACACCCAAAGACGCCACCGAGGUGUACCUGAAGGAGUCGGUGAAAUUUUCAUCGGUUUGCAUAUGGAAUGAAAAUUUAGCUAGUGCCUAUGAGACUGUGGCUCGCAUGGCAACUGUUCAGAUAUUUCUUAUCAAUUGCUACGAUGUCGAUUUAGAUCCCAUUAAGGCGGCCUUUAUCGCUGAUAAAAAUAUGGUGAAAGUUUACAGAGGAUAUCAUUACGAGACAAUCACAUUUCGUAAACUGCGUAAAGUUAUUGUCUUUCCCAUAGGCAAUAUAUGGACUGAUCAAUAAUAAGAACAAGAAAUAAAUAAAUCAAUUAAUUUAGAUUUCUUUGAAAA